AAUUAUCUGGGACAAUCAUUCAAAAAAGAGAACAAUCCCGGGAAAUCCAGUGCAUGUGGAAACCCUAGUGGCCAUACCGUAUUGGCCUAUUUCAGAAUCACUGAUACCAUUCUUAUCCUGGACAAAAUUGUAUUGCAUUUGGGAGUAGCCUAUACCAGAGGCCUCAUUAAAUGGCCCACUGUGUCCUGAUUUUAGGUGUUAUGGAAAUGCCCACCAUAGUCAUUCUUGGAAGGCUAUGUUGGCCUAGCCCAGACCCAUGUUUUCUCUAUCACUCUGGCAGCCAUAGCCGUAACCACAUGACUGAAGACGUAGCGUUCCGCACGUGACGGACGCGGAAGAAGGGAAAACGAAAGUAAAUGUUAACAAGGAAAACACAAUUUAGCAAGGAACAGAGACCGGUUGUGUGGAAGAAUGUUUUAAACGUUUUAUAAGGAGGUAACUGGGUUAUUUAAAAGAAUUUAGGAAAGUGUAGGAUGACCAUUUGAUCCACACUCCAGUCCAGAUGGUGGCGGUAAUGCACCAAAAAGCUGGUUGCCAACCGCCAUAUAAAAAAGAAGAAGAAGAAGAAGAAGAUGAACACUGUCGGAAAGACGCAAAUGACGCACCUCCAUUCACAGACGCAGCGUGACUAGACGAUCGCUCAUAUUCUCCAAAAGGCAGAUAUUCUCCUUCAGAAUCAGACUAGGGGAUUUUCAGGUUGUUGGUCCAGACCAGCCUCUUCCUGCUGUGUUGGGUGAAGACCUGGUUAUUCCCUGCUCUGUAAAGCCCAGCUUCAGUGUUGAGAGGAUGACUGUGGAAUGGUUCAGGUUGGAUCAACAAGGACAGUCGUCCUUGGUGCACCUUUAUAAAGAUGGCAAGGACCAAAAUAACAGACAGAUCCAAUCCUACCAGGACAGGACAAACUUGUUCAAAGAUGAUCUGAAAAUGGGCAACGCUUCGUUAAAACUCAGCAGUGUGCAGGUGUCUGAUGAGGGACACUACAAAUGCUUUAUCCAGUCUGGAUCAGACUAUGAUGAUGCCCUCAUUCAAGUCAUUGUUAGAGGUAUUGGACAGGCACCCCGUAUCGUAUCGGAGGGUGUCACAUGGGAUGGUGGGAUCAGUCUUGUGUGCGAGUCUGAAGGGUGGAUGCCUGAGCCGGUUCUUGAGUGGCUGGACAGUCAGGGACGACUCUUGACUGCUGAACCUCCUGAGAUGCUGUUGGGUUCAGAUGGCUUCAGAGUGAAACGACGACUGGUUGCUUACAGAAGAGAUACAAAUAAUUAUGUUUGCAGACUCUCUCAAAAAGAUGAAAGACCACCCUUUGAGCGAGAAGUUAAGAUGGAGGCCAUAUUUCAUAUUUCAGAUAGUGUAUUUACUCGGCCCUGGAAAAUCCCUUUCAUUCUAUUUGUAUUGUGUAUUGUCAUCAUUUCAUUGAUGGUGGGACUUAUAAUUUACUACAGAGGGAGGAAGAAGAGGAAGAAGCAAUGGGAGUUAGUAAAAACUAAAGAAAGAGAAGGUGAUUUUCAUCUGGAGAACUACCCAGAGCAAGGGCUUAAAAAAAUGCUUCCUGUAGUGAAAGAUUCCAAGAGAGUUUGGCUAAAUCAAUGUCAUCUCUCUAAAGCAAGCUGUGAAAUGAUGGCAUCAGUACUGCAAACGACAACUACUCUAAAAGAACUGGACAUGAGUAAUAACAAACUGGAAGAUGAAGGAGUGGAGCUGCUCUGUGUGGGACUAAGAGAUCCAAAAUGCCAGCUGGAGACACUGAGGCUAAAUCAAUGUCACCUCUCAAAAGCAAGUUCUAAAAACAUUGCAUCGGUACUGCAAACGACAACUACUCUGAAAGAACUGGACAUGAGUAAUAACAAACUGGAAGAUGAAGGAGUGGAGGAGCUCUGUGUGGGAUUAAGUGAUCCAAAAUGCCAGCUGCAGACACUGAGGCUAAAUCAAUUUCACCUCUCAAAAGCAAGUUGUAAAAACAUUGCAUCGGUACUGCAAACGACAACUACUCUGAAAGAACUGGACAUGAGUAAUAACAAACUGGAGGAUGAAGGAGUGGAGGAGCUCUGUGUGGGAUUAAGAGAUCCAAAAUGCCAGCUGCAGACACUGAG